CUCGUGAUGUUGUAGUGCUCUAAAUUGUUUAUUUUAUUCUUCCUGCUGACUGACAGGUAGCGGGUGUCCUUGGCUGGCAGAUGCUCCCGUCAACGUGCACCGACGUGGCCCCAGCCUUCUGCCCCGGGCUGGCAAAGAUCCCAAGCCCCUGAAAGACAGGCAAUCUUGAACGGGCAGACGGGGUCGGAUUGUCGGCGGGCCUCGCUCUUCCAUCAACACAAUCAAGAACGUGGGAAUAUCGCCACGGCUGCCUACCACGAAUGCGAUGAUGCCAUUGUCAGGGCUGUCCUGCACCAGCCGGAGCACAUGUCUUGAAUUCUAUGACUCCCGACCGAUUGGGAGAGUCCCCCCCCCCCAAAAAAAAACGCCCCUAUCAACCAGAAGCACAGCACCUGCACUUGCACAAGGCUUAAGAACGGGGGCUAUCCUUUCACAGCAUAACUCCCUCAGCCUUGCCAUUACGGAAUAUCUGUGCUUCUGAAACGGUGACCUCGAACAUUGAUGACAUCCAUUAUUAACAGUAGAGGCAUGUGAUGGGUGCAUCAGUUGGCUACCUCCCAACAAGGAGAUCUGCAAAGACCGAGGAGAAAGCUCACCGUCUUUGCCCUCCUACGGUGUCAAGUGAGAAGUGUGUGGGUCACAAUGGGUCGUAACGCUGGAGUCCUAGGGACAGCCAUAGGACUUCCCAAGCCCAUACCUACAGCCUGCAACCCGGGAGCUGCACAACGGGACAAAGCCGAACGAACUGCCAGCCAUUUCAGCAUCAGCUUGUUUGCUUGUCAGCCCUACAAACUCGUGAGAAGGCAGUCAGAUUGGACCUGAUACUUGGGAUUCGGCCUGGUCGGCGUCUGAUGUGCAGAUACAGGAUCACAACACGAGCGUGUCGAAUGUCAACUCGUCCGGGCGUCUUAUCCGCAGCUGCACGGGAGAUCUUGGUUGGUUCAACCCCUUUUGAUAUUUGACAUAGUGAUCCAUUCUCCAUGUAUAACAUGACAAAAGCAUUCGAUGAUGCAGAUGCAGCAUAUCUCAGAAAGUGGGUCGCUGGGCUAUGUUCAUAGCUGCCAGCUGACAGGCCUCUCUCGGUCAGCCGUAAAAAUUUCCAACCGCCGGGUGCACGGGGCACACACGGACCGUUGAUGGCACGAAUUGAAGCAUUGGUCAGUCAACUUUUCUGAGAUUCGCUGCUGGUGCGCCCGACGGAUGUGAUACUCGCCCGCCCCGGUCCCCCCUCCCCCGCCGACCAAAAGGACGAACACAACUCCCCUCACCACUCCCCAGCACACCAACGGACAAUUGACCGUCUGCGGCCCGAGAUGGACAAGAUCCUCCGCCGGGUUGCCAUGGCCGAGCGCCAGGUGACAAAACGAAUCAAGCGCAAGACCCAGCGCCGGUACCAGCAAGAGAAGAAGGAGCGGAUGAGGGAGAUCAAGAGGCACAGAGAAGAAAUCGGCGAGGACAUGCGACAGGCCAUCAUCCGCCGCAAUGAGGACCUCAAGUUGGGCCCCAUCGCCCCCAACCGUGACACUGGCAAGCUCAACGAAUUCGGCAACCCAUACGGCGCCAUCUCGGUCGACAGAGCUCUCCUCCACUCCCAGCUCACCCCCGCCCAAAAGGAAGCCCGCUGCGCCUGGGCCGGCGGCUCCAAGAACCUCUGCCUUGCCCCCGGAGACCGUGUAGUCAUCCUCGAGGGCCCCUACAAGGGCAAGAUCGUCCCCAUCAAGACCAUCCGAACCAACACCAUGGUCCUCGAGAUGGAGGACGAGCUCAAGACCAACGUCAAAAUCCCCGAAUACCUCCGCGAACCCGGCUCCUCCCCAGUAGAACCAAUCGCCAUGGCCGUCCCCAUCUCAGCCGUCCGCCUCGUCUACCCCCUCCCCCACCCCGACUCCGGCCACGUCCGCGACGUCAUCGUCCGCGAGCUCAAACCCAUCAACAUCUCCUACGACCGUCCCACCCGCCGCACCCUCUUCUCCCGCCUCGUCCCCGGCCUCAACGUCACCAUCCCCUGGCCCGCCGUCCCCCCCGUCAAGCACAUCGACCACCCAAUCGACACCCUCCGCAUCGACGUCGAGGAACGCACCUACAUCCCCACCCUCCUGCGUCCCCCAAUGCCAGAGGUGGUCAUUGACGAGCUCCGCAACCGCUACAGCAAGUUCCGCACGAGGCACACGGAGGAGUACAUCGCCAAGAUUCAGGCCCAGGAGGACGAGAAGAAGGCCAGGAGGAAGAGCGUCGAUACGAUGUUGCAGCCGGUGCAGGAGUACAACAGGAAGCUGAGGGAGCUGAGACGGGAGAGGGGCCAGCCGGUGCUGACGGAUGAGAUGUUGGAGAAGAUUGGCAGGGUUAUUGCCAAGAAUCAGGCGCUGAGGAAGAGCGGUGGGUUGGUGAGCGCGCAGUUGGAGCAGAGGAAGAAGCAGGACGAGGAGUUGAGGAAGGCGGUGGAGAGUUUAUCGAUAGAGGGCGGCGAGGGGAUAGCGCCGGUGGACCAACCAAAGGUGUAGAACCAUCAUGUGUAGGUAAGGUACAUACAUAUCAAAACAAGAUACCCCUGGGUUGAAAAUGGCGUGAAUGGGUGAGGGUAUUGAAAGUGUAAAAACAUAUGGAACGGUCGUGUUUGAUACGGGAAUGUUUCUUUGUAACAGUAAAUGAUGUAGCAUAUAGAAAGGGGCGGAACAAGAGAAAUCACAAGAAACGCCAUUUCACGAAGCACAUGGUUGAAACUG